UUAAGUUAAGAGCAGAACGUUGCAAUAUCUUGGCGACGCUUCACCCGUGAAUGACCAUGGCCAGCCGCGUAGACGACUCGAGCGACGUCGCGAUGCCGCCAAAAGACCUGGCCGAGUUGGAGGUUGAUUCAACGGCAUCGGAGAACCUAUCCGUGCUGUGCGUCAAACGAGGCAUUGCAAACAGUCAAGGUUUGUCGUCGACUGUCGUCAAGGUUGCACCCGACGCUCCUUCGACGGUCCAAGUUGACCUCCCUGGGGUCGAAGGCUCCAACGAUGCACGUGCGCACGCUCUCGAGCUUGAGAAUAAAGCGCUGGCUGCUGAGCUCACUCAAUCUUAUGCAAGGGAGGCACGGUUACGCGCGCACGCGACAGCAUUAACCGAGCGCCUGCACGAGGCGUCGUCCGUGCAAGUUCAUCCUGAAUCGGUCGAGUCCAAGGAAGUAAAUCUACUGCGCCAACACGUCCGUCGACUCCAAGACAUGGUAGACGAAGUCGAGCGCGGCCGGCAGCAAGCCGUAUUCAAAAUCAGCGAGUUGGCGACGAAAGUUGCCGCCAAUGGCGAGGACCACGUCGAGGUGGAGUGGAUCCAGAAGGCAAAGCAUGACUUUGAGCUGCUCAAUCAAAGAACGCGCCUACUCCUCGCGCAGCAGGAAGAGCGCCACGCAGCAGCAUUAGACGUCGCGAUGCGGCGACUCGCGCUCGAGCACGCCGCCGCCAUCGACAAACUUCGACUGAAUCACGAGAUUCAGCUGACGGAAUGGCGUCACGAGGAAAGCCGUCGUAUGAAGGAGGUCGAGGCAGCUAUGGAAGCCGACAAGUCGAGCGUCCGACUCGAGAUGAAGCACAGCAUCGAGUCGACGCGCAUCCACCAGAGGGUGGUCGUGCCUGCCGCAACUGCUCCGUCAACGCCAAGGGAGGAUGUGGUGGAUGCGGACACAAUCGUGCGAUUGAAGCUAGAUGCACUUCGAACUAGGCGCAUGGAUGCACUCAAGAAGAUGGGACUCAUUCGCAUUUCCAUGACCCGAACGCGGCUUCACGUGGCUUGGAUGCGGUGGAGUGUUCACGGGGGCGUCGUCCAUGCCCGAAAACGGAUCAGUUGCCACAGCAUCGCCACCCUGCUCGCGCAGCGGCGCCAUCAAGCGGCUCGACGACGAUUUCAAGGAUGGUACCUCUACACGAAGUUGCAUCACUGGCAGUCGAUUCACAGUUCGGUGCUAAGCCGCAUCGUCGCCGUCGAGCGGCUUCGCCAUGUCAUGCACUUGCGAGCGCGAACCAAAGUCAUGCGAGCGUUUGCAAGGUGGAGGGGAGGGAACCACGUUGUGGGCGAUGGUAGCCGCGAGGCAGCGCAACUCCGCCAAGAGGUCACGAUGCUGCACGACGAGCUCGCCAAAACAAAGGCCGAGACAUGGCGGUGCAAGCGCCAAAUGCUACAGCAAUUCAAGCAAUCCGCCAUGUAAAACACGUAAACGUUCGUAUCGAUAACAACGUCCGCACUAUGAUUGCAA